AUGAAAUUUCCAUUAAUACAUUUAAAACAAUUUGAACAGUUAUAUAUUAAAUAUCCAGAUACUUUAAUUUGUUCAUGUAAUGAAAUAUCAAUAAAAUAUGCAGAAUUUAUUAAAUUAACGCCUGUUUAUCAUGAAAUUUGUUCAUCAGCUUUUAUUAGUUUGAAAUGGAUUAAUUAUUUAGAUUUUACUUAUUUAAAUGGUUUUAGUUUUGAUUAUUCAAAUUUAUCACCAUCAUUUCAACCUCAAAUACUUCGAUCACUAUGUCAAUUAGUAGAAGAAACAGUUAAUUCAAAUUUAAUUCAAUUUCACUCACGAACAUUCAUCAGUAAUCAGUUAAUAUCGAAAUAUAUAUGUGAAAAUCGAAUUAAUAAUACUAUUUAUUUAUUUCAAAAUUCAACACGACAAACAUUUAAACAGAUAUUUGAAUUGACUCGUGAAAUUUUUCAUGGAAAUGCUUUAAUAACAAUUGAUGACAAAAGAAGUUGGAAAGAAGAAAAAAAACCCAUAAAUGAUAAUAUUGUCUAUAUGAGAUUACCAUCAAUAUAUAGUGAUGAAACGUGUUCAUGUGCAACUUCAUUAAAUUGUUCAGGACAAGCCAUGAUGAAGGGUGUACCUACUCAUGGUUUUUUUAUUGGUUGUUACCCAAUUGAAGCUAUGCUACGUUCUACACUUGAAUGUUUAUAUAAAAAAUCAUGUUUAAACUUAAUUUCAUCAAAUUAUGAACAAAAUUCAUCGAAUUUUCCAAUUGAACUUUUACAAUUAAAAACUCGAUAUAAUAUUAAUGAAACUAUACAAAACAUGAUUGAUCGAUUAUUUGUUGAUAAGUGGAAUGUAAAUUAUUCUUAUUUAAAUUAUUCCAAUAAAUGUCAUUCAACUGAAUGUACUAAUUCAAUUAUACAACAAUUUCAUAUGUUAUAUGUAGUAACAAGUAUUAUUAAUUUACAUGGAUGGUUAACUAUGUUAUUACGUCUUUUAAUUCCACUUAUUAUUAAUAUUAGUUUUCGAAUGUAUUACAGAAGAAGACAAAUGGUUAUUGUGCCAAAUGUAACAACAAAGAUUUAA